UCAAACGAAACUAAGCAUGUGCUCCGUAUUGCUGACACUCUCACUUUUUUUCUCUACCUAUGUUCAUUCAGAGGGAGGCAGAACUUCCAAGCCAAUGCAACCCAGAAACUGGUACUACUAUCCAACUGCACCCCCUGAGAAAAGCAAACCAGGAGAAGGCGUUUUCGAGGCAAGCGUGUUCAGCGAUUGUCCCGGGCAUGUGAAUAAAAGUUGCCGGCUUGGUUACUUGCGAGAUAAUAACACUGGCUGCCCCCCAUGUUGCAUUUGCCUCACCAGUCAUGGUGACGGGUGGAAUACUGGUCCCGGAAUAUGCGUGAAAAUAAAUUAGAAACAAGUGCACAUCUGAAGAGUUGCCUUCAGUACAAUAAACUAUUACUGU